AUGAACAACGUCCGCCAGUCCUCCUCGCCCGGGCGUGCUCCGCCCUCGCGCCCUCCUCAAGCCCGGCCGCCCUCCGACGACGAAGACGACGAUUCUGACGAGGAAUUGCACCGCCCCGACUCGUCCGGUAGCGAUGCCUCGUCAAACGUGACGACUGUGUCGGCGGCACCCAUUACGCCCAUCGACCGCCAGCCGCCCGCCGGCUACUUCUCCCCCCAUCCGCGCUCCGCCUCGACCACGACUUCGCCUCAACAUCCUCGCCCAAUGCCCGACGCGGGCGCUCGCCGGCCAUCUGGCCGAGGCCCAUCUUCUGAAAUGCAGCGACAUCGCUCGAGACAUCACUCCCAGGGCUUCUUUGAGCCCUCCUUGCCCACUGCCUCGUCCGAGCAGAUGCCCCCGGUAUCUGCGUCCAGGAUCGCCGCCCAGGCAGCCAUGCAACAGCAGAGCAGACGUCCCACGCCUCUCAGCACGCCGGAUGAUGGGACCGCCUCGCGACGCAGUGGAAGUGCCUCGCCGCCGCUUGUGCCUGCGCCGUUGAGAAUCAAUCAGCCGCCCUCGUUGCCCCCGCCGAAUGCCGGCAAUGUCGCGACCACCGCUGCCAACGUGGUGUUUCCACGCGCUGGCUCACAGCCCUCAGAACCGCAGCCCGAGAAGCAAAAGAAGAAGAAUAAACUGUUCUCUAAGCCGAAACAUAUUGGAAUCAGUCGGGAUAAGGAUGUGUUCAAGGAUCGGGGUCUGCCCUCGCCGUCUAAGCUCCCGGGCUUAUCGCGGAUGGUCAGCGCCUCGACGACCAACCUCGCCGAUUUGCCGUCUAACAACUCGUCCAUGUAUAACCUCUCCAAUGCGUCGGUCAGUACGGUCGUCCCGGCCGAUCGUCCGGCUGCCGCGCCGGAUAAAGAAAAGGAAAAGGACAAGGACAAACAUAAGCAUCAUUUCUUGUCCCGUCAGAAGCUCAAGUUGAAGGACCGCGGGGAUGAUCACUAUAACCUGCCUCUGUCAUCGGCGUCGAGUAACUCUCAACCGACGGACCCCAAUGCUCCGCAAUCGCUCUAUUCAUUUACCAAUACAGCCUCGCCGACCCCUAGUGCUACGUUCGGGAAAUCGGUCAGCGGGCUGGAUCUACUUCACGCCGGACGGAAGAAGAAAGAGAAGGAGAAAGAGAAAGAGGCCAUUCUCGAGUCCGAGCAGGCAGAAUGGCUGGCCAAUUCGACCGGGAGUACCACGCCUGGCGCUGCUCCUUCCUCACUGAAUAGCACCUCGGGCAUGCUGGGCGAGGCAGUUCUCCGCCAGACCCUGCAGGGCUUCGGAUUGAACAACAUGUCCCCCGAAGACGCCUGGGAAUUCCUCAAAGCAAAGCUGCUCGUUAUUUUCGACGGCGAAGACGUCCGCAUCGCCAUCGAGGACCUGAACAAACUCGUCCUCGUCCACCUCCAGCACUGCGUCCACAAACGAGCCCCCACAACAAUCAUCACAGACCUCCAAGCAAUGCUCGAGACUGGCUUCAACACCCUCAACUACAGCUCCCUCUUUGGCGUCCCAGACGAAAAACUCGUCCCCCACCUCGUCCAGAUCUGGAUGCUCGUUUUCGGCACCAUACUCCCUUUCAUCCAAGCCGUUUUCCUCCCCCUUGACCUCGAAUUCAAAGGGUCCGGCUCCCUCAUGACCGGCCGCGAAGCCCGCGAAUUCUGGGGCGACCUUCCAGACGGAAGUAGCCUCGACGUCCGCAAUCUCGUUCUCAUGGCCUUUCGCGACCGCAUCAUCCUCAACCGCUACGAAUCCCUCAAAGCAAUCUUCUCCCGCCUUAGCCUGGAUAGCAUCAACGCCGGCUUCCCCACGCUCAGCGUCACGGCGAAAAGUACCGGCACAGGCGGCCGUCCGGGUACAGCCGCCUCCCUUGACGCAGGUUUCGGAAGCUGCAAUUCCCAAUCCUCAACCCUCCUCAGCACAGUUGCGGACAGCUAUUCCUCUGAUUCGGUCAGCGCUCUUGCUUCUACAAAUGCAAACCCCAACCUCCCCGUCCUUCAAGUAGCGACUCCCGCUCCCGCGCAGCCUCAAAUACAUCCUCCAACCCCGACCCCAUGA